AUGUCAGCAAAUGUGGCGCAAUGCUUGCUUAGCAAUGAUUCGCCUGAUGUAGAACUCGAUUGGAUGCCUUCGAAUUUUGAUGAACAGACAUCAGCAACAGACGAACUAAAGCCAAACAAGAAGUUUGCUCAUGUGUCUAUCACUGUGUACGACCCGUUAUGUGUGAUUGAUAUUGCUCAUAAAGAUUUGAUUGCUAAACUAAUACCCAACCAGAAAGAAAAGCACGUAGCAUCAAAACAAGACACACCGUACAAGCGUGUAUUCAAAAACUGGCCUCAUGCUAGUUUUUCUUUGUCUAUCGAGCGACCUUGUAUGAAGAUCAAGAACGACACUCAACACACAGGUAUUGUUUCAUGGUCCAAUGUGACAUUCCAGUUAGAUGGUGUGUACGUGGCUCAAAAAAAUCGUCCUGCCUCUGUCUUGCCUCGUUAUUCAGCACCACUGACAGCGACAGCCAAAGAUGAAGAACACAUUGAAUUUCAAGCCAAUUCAUCCACGUUUCAACGUGUUCAGUCUCAAACAAGAUCCUCUUGGACCAAGUUAUUUAGACGUAGCUGGAAAUCAAAAGAUGCUGGUUAUUCUGGUUUACAGAGAAAGGCAACUGAAUGGCACUACAAGGCUUCAAUGCAAUAUACCAUACAAGACACCUGCUUUGAUAUUGAACAACAAAGUUCUGUUGAAUCAAAGCAUCAUUAUCAACAACAACAACAACAUCAACAUCUUGUCUCUGUGGAUCAGUUUGAAAUGAAAGCAUUUGCAAGGCUGGAUGUUUCUUUUGAAGGCGAUAGGGACCAACAAAUUCGGCUUGCAUGGGAUUCAGAUACACAUCAUAUCAAUGUAGAGGUGGAAACAAAAAGACCUGUAUUGAACCUGUGGCUCAAGUUGCAAGACCAAACAAGUCAAUUGGAAUUCUGGGUCAAGCAUAUUAUCGAUCCGUUCAAGACCAUCAAACCCACUAAGGAAAAGAACAGCAGUAGUCAAAAUAGUGGCCAACUGUAUAAGUAUCUUUCUAUCGUCAAGGCACAAUGGGUUGUAUUGGACGCUGUAGCUGUGAUUGAAGGUGUUGAUCGUGGCCUUAAGGGUAAGAGAAAUGUUCCAAAAGGUUACUUGGAUAAUGCCCCACAGGAAGAUGUGGAUGUUCGGGUGGCCUUGUCAAUGGCAAAACUCGCUUGUUUCUUUAGUGGUUCUCGCGUGUUUAGCUCAAAAGAUGGACACAAACGAACCAGCCUCAGCAAUACGUCUGUUGAUUCCGAUAUUGAUGAAGAAAAGCAGAUCUCUAUGUCUUCAACCAACAAAGCAAACCAAGUUCCUUUUGGUACAUGCAGAGUGUCGUUACAGCAUCUCCUUGUUGAAAGAUUGCUCAAGCCAGGAAACGAGCAUCACUGGCACCGAAAUGAUCAAGCAAAGACAGUUGUCAUGUGGAUUUCGCGUAUCAACACAAGAACUGAGAUCAUGCUGUGCCUAACGUCUCAAAUGUUGAUUAUCCUGCCUUCCAUUGUAGUGAAAAAAACGGGUAUCAAGUAUUCAAUUACUAAUCAUUAUGCUCUUUUGGUCGCUACUUUGUCCACUGCGAAUAACUUGAAGCUAUUGUUUGGCAAAAAAGAAAAAACAGGCGGUCCCAAGGAAAAACGGUUUAUGCUACCUCAUCUUCAAUUCCAAAUGAAUCGCGCGGAUGUCCAUAUCUCUCUACCCGGAGGUCAUACCGAGCUCUAUUUGCGUAUGGAUAGUUUGCGUACUCAAUGGAGAGACCAAGAGAAGACACCUUCAACGGCUAUUCGAAACAUCACUUUGUUUGGCGUUGCUCCACAUCAACCUGGUUGCUGGGAUCAACUACUUGAAUUGGAUAACAUCUGCCUAUCUAUUGAAAAAAACGCAGCACAUCAAGAAUGCAAACAGCUAGCCAUGACAAAACUUUAUCUUCGUAUUCCCUAUGGCUAUGAACUAUGCAAUGUUGUGGAUAGUACAGCAACACUGGUGAAAGCAAUCAAAGCAACCCAUGCUCGUCUAGUGAAAGGAGCCUCAUUCUUAUUCUUUGGACCCAGCGAGAAAAAGGAACCUGCAGUAUUACCUUUGAUGCGUUUGGUGUUUGACUUGUUUACGGUUCAGUUUGAAGAUGAUCCUUUUGAAGCAAGGCUUAGAAUGAUUUGGAAGACAGGUCUAGUAGAGCAAGCAAAUCGUAUUGCUAUUCAAGAUGCAUUUGAAAUAAAAGCACAAGCUUUACAGAGACAAUCCAACGAUAAGCAUUCUAUGGAUGAAGAAUAUCUAUCUCAAAAGGAAGAAACAAAUGCACGCGUGAAUGAAGCUUGGCAAGGUCUUCAGGAACACAAUUCAAAGUCUUGGAAAAGACACAUUCAUGCUUCUCUCUCAAAGGAAUCAACUGCCUAUGAAAAAUUCCAACAUGCUUGCUAUAGAAAUUCUGUGAUUGCAAGUCAAUUAGAUGAAGUGUUUGAAGGCGAUGAAAAAGCUUCUCAACUGGCCAGUCUGUUUUUUGUUGAUAUCGUUGACCUUCCACGCUAUCCUCCUUUGUUUGAUUUUACUAUCAAAAACAGUACGCUGGAUUUUAAAGCACCUGAUUUUGACUUGAAGGAUACGAGACAAUUUAUGUAUGAUGUUGGCAAAGGCCAACCCUUAGAUAAGCCUUUAUCUACUUUAGUUCCCUUUCAUUUACACUGGCAAUCAGGUGAAACAUGGGCUCAAAUUCGCGAUUAUCCUUUGCCAAUCUUCUUGGUUCCCUCUGACGAUAGCUCUCACUCUGAUUCUACUGAGGACUCACCAGCACAAGCUUGGUCGCUUUCUGGUAACUACGUGCUUGCUGAUGACAUGGGUGACUUGGAAGCUACACGUCAAAUCCAUAUACCAAUGAUUGAUGAAAACCAUGCUCAUUAUGCUAUUAAUAUUGCUCGUACAAGUACACCACUCAAGUUCUUCUCAAUUGUUAAUAUUGAUGUUCAUAACUCUACUCUUUCUCAGAUAUGUUGGUCAGUUCCUUAUCAGCCUGCUAUUCAAGAUAUUAUGCGUGUGGUAGAUACAUUUACAAAACCGCCUGUUGAUCCAUCAAACAAGGUCGGCUUUUGGGACAAGAUUCGAUUGAUUAUUCAUACUCGAGUUAAGAUUUCUUUUAUUGGUGGUGGUGAUCUUGCUAUUGUCAUGAAGGGUUCUCGCGAUCCUUACGAUGUGAGUGAAAAAGGAUUUGGUCUUGCUAAAGUAUGGAGAAAUGAUGUUGUCUGGCUACUGGGACAUGAAAACCCUGAAGGCGAAUUCAUGCAAAUCAUCAGUGGAGAUUAUGCUUUUGGUGUGCCUGAUUUAGCGCAUGGCGGCUAUAUGGCGCCUUAUAUACUGGCUGCUAGUCACUUCACUCCUCCUGUAAACCAUGAAAAGAUCCGUCAAUCCUCUUCUUUCUCUUCUUUCAAUUCUUCAACGCUUGCUAGAAAUCAAGACUAUGACUCACGCUUUGUCAAAAUUGCUCUUAAACUGUCUGGUGGUAUUCGCAUGGGUGUAGGCUGUCAUUUGGAAAGAGCCUGUCGUCCUGAUUGUGAGAUUUGUGAUGAUGAUAAUCCAGAUAUUUCACCUCAAUUGAGAAAUGAACACAAACAGAAGCUAUUAGAGUUCUUGCCUCACUACAAAGUCAAAAUGAAGACGCCUCAACAUGUCCAUGAAAAGGAUUAUGAUGCUUAUAAAGGCUUUAGAUCAGAUUCGAUUCAUGUUUCUAUCAGUAUCAUUAAACUCUCUUCUUAUGAGGAAGCAGAUACAGACAAAGGCAACAUUACAGGAAACUCUAUGCAUCUUACUCCAGGUUUCAUGGAGCACUUUGUCUCAUGGUUCAGACUCUUUGGUGGUGCUAUAAGUUAUCCAUUGCGUUCAGGCUCUCUCUUUCCGAAAUUAGAUACUCGUCCAUCUCAAAAAUUUGGCCGACAUAUGAAGACGAUGAAAUACAAGAUUGUUGUCAAUCCUCUUACUGUGGGCUACUUUUUGAAAGACACGACGAUUGAGGCAGACAAUGUGACAACAGAAGAACUAGGUGAGCAUGUAGGACUGAAGGGGUUUGUCAAGAACUUUAGUGUGGAUAUGCACAUGCAAAGAGAAAUUGUCAAUAUUUCCAACUACAAGCUAGACCAAAAGCGUCUGAAGGCGAAUUGGCCUAUUUCUGAAGCUGAAGUCCAGUUGAAAAAUGUUGAUCUACGAGCUGUACGUGCCACUUAUUCAGGAGAAGCCAAUGACGAAUUUACUGCGACUGCUGCUGCAUCUUCUUUGAGUGCAGAGAAUUUGAGCUCGCAUGCGGACUAUGUUUCAGACAGCAGCGUUAAUGGCUUAAACAUGAUGGAAGGUCUUAAUUACAAGUGCAACAAUGACUCAGACUCCUCUGACUGGGUGGAUUUAGACGAUUUUAUAGAAAUGGGAAUAUCUGUGCCAAAUGUGUUGCCUAAUGUACAGGUCUUGCCGUUUGCUUUCACUCCGUGCAUUUAUUAUCUUCGUCAGACAAACAGAGACGAUAUGGAAAAAUACAAGUACUUGCAUAAAACGCAUGACUGUAUCCUUGGCACUGCCAUCGGUACACGAGAAAUGCAAAUGGAAUUAUUGCGUGACAGAAGCAAAAACAUUGAUGUACAGAUUAGAAAACAUCAAACGCGAUUGCAUAGUAUUGAGUCUAAACGACUUCAGCAUGGCUCUGAUGAAAAGUCGUUAGAAGAAAUGUCGGACACUAUUGUUGAAAAGACCCGUAUUUUAUAUGAAAAGAGAGAAUUGCUUCAACGGUACCUUAAGGAAUUAUCUACCCAAGCUAUGCCAGACGUUGCUCAUCCUAAGAAACUGGACCAUCAUUCUACUAUUUUUGGUAAAGAUUCACUGGAACAAUGGGAGGAACUUUUGGGCCCUUUCAAGCAGCGCUACAUUGCGCAUAAUCCUCAGAUUGUAUGGAAUAAUUCAGUCCGAAAUGUUCUCUAUCAUGCCAUGGAUUUGCGUGAUCAUCAUCGUGCUUUAUCGUACUACAUGACAGCCCGUACUAUCAAGUUCUUGAGAGAUUUGAUUGAGGCUGCUGAUAUUAAAUACGGCCCAAAUCACAAGCAAUUUGAUUUAAACGAUGAUGAUGGCGGCAUGGACAAUUCAAUGGCAAAAGAGUUGAUUGCCAAAUUACUGUCAGAACAAGACACUAAGUUUUAUGCGCCUAAUGAAACAGAAGAAGAAAAAACCAUAGGCAAUCCUGAUAUCGAUGAUGUUGAUAUGUCUCGUAGCGAAAAUGUCAAUAACCCUCGUAUGCAACUCAAGACAGUUCCCAACAAUUAUGUCAUGAAGACAAGUUAUCUAAUUGAUUUAUUGAAUCCACAGAUCAGUCUUCAAAGCGACUGUGAUCCGGACAACAUUGUCCUUGUAGCGAAUGAACGAGCACAAGUCAAAGGACUGAAUAUUGUAGAUGAAACUGAUCCUGAUAUAGAGAUGGAAAUGGUCAAACAUCGUACGAUUGUCAGUCUGGAUAAUGUUCAGUUCUUUGUUGCCAAGAAGGAACAAUUUGACAGUGUCGAUUUGUUGUUGGAUAAUCAUUAUGGUGCAAAAGAAAGCGACCACUGGCUUACUUGGAUUCCACCUGAAAUGCUGAUUAGCUAUGUCAAGGGCUCUGAUCAAUUUCAACGUAUUGGUGAUCGUAUUGAAGCCACUAUGCAGUAUGAUAAAUAUAACCCGCUCAGAAUCAAAACCAACUCCAACAUCUAUUCUCAAGCACAUCCGUUUGAAGACCGUUGUGAUUCUGUUCAACUUAACUUCCCUAGCCUUAAAUUGACAGCUGACUCUGCACAAUACAAUGCUAUAUAUCAAGUUGCUACUGAUCUACUACUUUACAAAGAACCUGCUAAGAAAGAACGUCUUGCUCGUCUGCGUGAGAUUAUGAUGGCUGCUGACCGAGCUAGCUUAUAUGAAGUAACCGAGAAGAUUGUUGACUUACAAAACAGAGCUCGACAAUUAAUUCAUGCAAGAGAUCAAUACAGUCAAAACCUAGCUUUGUUAGAUGACAAACGAAUCGAGGAAUUUAAGUCGAUUCGAUUAGAUCUGUUUGACACUAUGGAGGAACUUUAUCUUGGCAUGGAAGCAAUUAAAUUGAUGCAGAGCAACCGACGCAAGGACUAUGAUGAACACAAGACCAACUUGAAAUUCACAUUCUGUGCUCAAAAGAUUGAAUGGGAGAUGCUAUCCAAAGGAGAAAUUCCGCUCUGUGAAUGUACACUGACUAACUUCACCUUCAACUUUAUUAGUAAAGAAGAUCAUUCGUCUACAAACAUCCUUGAAGUUGAUAUUGUUCAAGUCAAAAAUGUAUCUUCCUCUCCUGUAUUUGUUGAUGUGUUAGGACCUUACUUUGAUCAUCACAAACCAUAUGACUUUUCUCGUCAUAAAAUGCUUCGUUGUUACUUUGUUUCUUUGGCCCCCGUUGGUGGUAUUCCGGUUAUUCAACAUUUGGAACUCAAUUUGCAUCCUAUGCGUGUUCAAAUGACAUACAGCUUUGGUAAGGCGCUAGCUUAUUAUCUAUUCCCACCAGAAAAAUCCCAAAAGCCAAUCGAACCAACAGCUAUGACUCCCUCUACUUCAGCACCUACGACUACUGUGCUUGACCCAGAUUCUAGCUUGACUGAUAUGACUCUUCAAUCUGUAAGCCACGACAAGUCAGAUCAAAGCAUAUCGAAAUCAAGCAGCUGUAUUAUCGCUGGUUCAAACCAAGCUAUAUCAGCACCUCCUUCACUUUAUGCUAGCAUGCCUACUCUUGAGUCAACAAAAUUGAAUACAAGCAAUGCCAGUAUGAGCAAUUCGCGGGAAGAAGACGAUACUAACAAUAGUCCAUCAACACCUAGCAAAAAAUCAAGAAAGUACAACCUGCAAAAAUCUAACAAGCUCAAAACAUCUGAUGAUCUGUCUGUCAUGAAAAAGAGAGCGUCAAGUAAUAGAGCCUUUAUCCUCGUUAAGAUUCCAGGAGCAAGACAUUGUCUAAGUUACCAGGGGCCCAAAGAAAAGAAUAUUGAAGAUUUGAGAGACUUUGCUUUUGAACAGCCUACUUUGGAAUUUCGUAACGAAACUUGGUCUUGGUUUGAGCUGGCAUCCAGCAUCAAGAAAGAUUUCAUGAAAGCAGCCUUGUUGCACAACAGCACUGCUUUGCUUAAAGAAAAGCUUCUACGUCGUCAUCCUCGUGAGAAUAGCAAGCUUAUCGAACCAAGCCUUUCGUCUUAUAAUCCUUCCAUGCAUACUGCAGAUCCAAACAAAACGAUUGACGGAGACAAUCAUUCAGAAAGUUCACGAGACGAAAUGGAAGAUUAUUUGGACAUCAAGGAUAACAUGUCUUUGCACUCUGCACAUUCACAAGAAGUAGAACUUGAAUUAGUGCCGCCAAAAAGAACUCACAUCUGGUCCAAGUUCAAAAAGUCAAAAAAGAUGGAUCAUCACCAAAAGCCAGGAAAAGCAGAGCCUAAUUUAUCUGGUGAAAACCUUUCUGCAAAUGUCUUUAAAGAUGACUCCUUCAUGCCAGAAAUGCGGUCCGUAUCGCCUAGUCCUAUGCGUCAAGACGAUGAUCAAUUGACCAUCAAAGGCCGAUACUUGCUUGGCAAAUAUUACAAUGGCCCAACACAAUGGCUAGUAUCUGGUGCUAAGAUGAAAGCAAAGCCAAUAAGUAAUAAAAAAGUAUAG